UACGAACGACUAUCGUACGAAUCUCUUCACAACCAACAAUGCAUGAAAGAUAUUGUGCUCGGUCGCAGAAUAGGUUUCUACCGGUUAAAAGAACAAAUCGGUUCAGGUAAUUUCUCGCAGGUUCGACUCGGUACUCACCUCCUGACACACAAUAAAGUUGCCGUCAAAAUCCUCGACAAAAUUCGAAUGGAGCACAAAGUUCGACGUCUGCUAUCGCGGGAAAUAUCGACCAUGGAGAGUUUGCACCAUCCGAACAUCAUCAGGUUCUACGAAAUGAUUGAAACGCUUUCUAAAAUAUUCAUCAUAAUGGAGUACGCCAGUGAAGGAGAACUAUACACGAGAGUCAGCAGUGACGGAAAGCUGCCUGAAGAUGAAGCCAAGAUGAUUUUUGCUCAGAUUAUAUCGGCCGUUCAACACAUGCACAACAAAUCUAUCAUUCAUCGAGACUUGAAAGCUGAGAACGUUUUCUUCGCAAAUCGAGUAACGGUUAAAGUUGGCGAUUUUGGCUUCAGCAACUACUGCGAGCCGAAACAACUUCUGAGCACCUUCUGUGGCUCACCACCGUACGCCGCUCCAGAACUCUUCAACGAAUCAAGUUACUACGGCAUGUAUGUCGACAUCUGGGCACUCGGAGUUUUGCUCUAUUUCGUGGUCGUUGGCCAUCUCCCAUUCAGAGCGGACACGAUUGGAAUACUCAAAAAAUGCAUAAAUGACUGCGACAUGGAGAUCCCAGAGCACGUCAGUGGAGCCUGUCAGUUCCUCAUCCGCUCAAUCUUGCGACUGGAACCAACGGAUAGAUUGACUCUGGAUGAGAUCACGAGAACGGAGUGGAUGAACGGAUGUCACUACCCUAAAGCUCUGUCUUCGCCUUCUAACUUGGAAACCAUUCCAAAACUUGAAGAGCAUCCAAGUGAGGAACAUUUAGAAACAAGACGCCGCUUGUACGAGCUGGGAAUCUCGGAGGAACACAUAACUUACGCUCUGAAUAAGCAGUGUCGAAGUAGCGUUGCGGGAACCUAUCAGAUAGUCCUGCACCAGAUACAGAAGGACAAA